UCUACGGCGCAACAGCAACCUCCUCAGAUACCGGCAGAGGCUCGUCUGGAGACCGACGGCAAGCGAUCCGAUGCCUAUGCGGACACGAUGGAGAGCAAAGUUGGCACGUUCGACCAAAAGCCCAAUUUUGGCAACGACAUUCUUAAACCCAUCGACGAGAAUAAAACCGAAUUUCCGCGGCAGCACGGCAAGAACUUCUUUGACGAACGACCGCGGCACUUUGAGCAGGCUCAGCCGCCGGAGAAUAUUUUCCCCGGCGGAGAAGCGCGAAAGAUCAAGCCGGAGGAUUCGCAGCAGCUGGAUCGCAGUGGCGGCAGGAAUUGUAAUUUCGAUAGCGGCAGGAGUUACGAAGAUCGUUCAAAGAGUAUCGUGCCCAGUCAGGAUGUGUCGCCUCUGCAACUCUCGGAUCAGAAGAAGCUGGACUUUUCGCGGGGUGGCCCCUUUCUGCCCGGAAUGCCGGGCAGAGGAUGCGAGAGCGUGCUUCAGGGAGUAAAGGGCUUCGCUUUGCCCGGCGCUAUGUCCGGUCCGGCGGAAUUUCUUCCUGGACCGUUGUGGUAUCCGCCGUAUCCGAUGCCGCAGUCUUAUCCCGGCAUCGAUCCCCUGCACUUCUUCAUAGACUUACGCGUCUCUGGUCACAUUUGGGAUCGUAAACACGCGAACGAGCGACAACUGCCUUUCAAGAGUAAGCACUGCUCGGCCUUUAGCGUGCCGCAAUCCAAGGAAUGCGGUAAUCGACCGUUGAAUCUUACCCGCGACGAGGCCACGACGUCAAAAAAUCCAGACGCGGAAAACACACGAGGUACCAAUUAUAUUCUGAAACAUCUCAUGAAAACGUAUCAAGACAUACAACAGACAAAGAUCUCCAGGACGGACGCGUCGAUGGAGAACGAAGAGAAUUCGAGGGAAGCGCAGCAAGUUGGCGAGGACAUCGCAAAAGUAGAAGACAACGCUAGUACGGUGACAAAUUCUGAAGAAGAGAGAAAGGAUUUGCGAGCUCUGAUCGGUCUCGAAUUAGUGGUAGACUACGUGAAGGAACCAAAGGAUGACCCAUCGAUCGAGCAAACGUCGCAAGUAACGGAAUAAUUUGUCUAUAACGAACGCGAUUUGCAAAGGAAUGCGCGAUUUGCAAGGGAUUCCCCCCCCCCUCUCCUCCUCCCCGUAAAAAGACAGUCCUUCCAUUUUAAUCGCUAAAAUAGUCGUGUAAAAUAGUAGCGUUGUUAUUCGCAUUCUCUCGUGCAAGACCUCCGAAACUGCACUCGCGUUGAUACUCUUCGCCACAUAUAGUAUCUCGGACAUAUAGGACUAUGCACUGCAAGACUGGACUUCUUUUUGCACGCACGCAGCGAGUACAUACAUAUUUCCAUACGAUUUGAAAAGUAUUUGCUUUAGAUACUGUGUUUUUGGGGAAAUUUCUUUCUUUCCGUUUUUCAUCCUUGAUUUUCUCGCGUAUACUUGCGAGAAUAUAGAUUUGCGAUUUAUUACGAUUUAUUGAAGACACACUUAUAAAAUUUUAUCGCGCUUACAUUUUUCUGAGACAUUUUUCGAGUAUAAUGCCGAUCCACCGCACUUGUAGAACAGUAUUGUCUUUCUUGACUUGAUUCUGUACAUUCCGAGCGAUCGAAAAAAGAAGCUACGGAUCGUCUUUCGGCGAGAAUCAAAGGAUCGCAUUAAAGAUCUUAUCGGAGUAAAACAUCUCCGACGCGAAUUCGACAUGUGAUAUAUACUGUAAAUAUUAUAAUAAUAUUCCGAUGUAUCUAUAUGUAUCGAUAGAAAAUACUCGUUGUUGUAAGUUGAACGUGAAAAUAAAAGCAAUGCGAUUCAA